AUCGACUGUUGAAGUUUAGACGUAUUUCCUUGUAAUUAUACCGUUGCGUAGUCAAACAAAAAUAGCAAUUUUAGUCACGAAAUUUAUUAAUUUUAUUAAUAAAAUAAAACAUUAACAAUGAACUUUGGGAUGUAUUAUCUCUUAGAUUUCGGUUUAAAAAUUUAUUUGUGGUUUUAUUGUAUAACGAAUAUAUGCGAUUUUGAGAUGGCGCCGCAGUUACAAGCUGUGACGGAGCCGGUGUGGCUCGGCGAGGGCCCACACUGGGACCACAACGAGCAGGCCCUAUACUUCGUCAGCAUCUUCGACGAGACCAUACAUAAGUACGUGCCAGAAACGGGGAAACAUACGAGGUCUAAACUAGACGGGAAGCCAACCUUCAUUAUACCCAUAGAAGGGAAGAAACACCAUUUUGUGGUGGGUCUGAACAGGCUCGUCGUGGAGAUACAAUGGACAGGAGAAGACCAGACGGCCAGGCUCGUCAGGACCGUCGCGGAGGUGGACCAGGACAACCCCAACAAUCGGUUCAACGACGCUAAAGCUGAUCCCAGGGGCAGGCUGUUUGCCGGAACGAUGGGUCACGAAUACGAACCGGGAAAGUUCGACCUGAAGAAGGGGUCUCUGUACCGCAUCGACCCGGACGGCUCUGUGCACCGCCUCGAGUCCAACAUCGACAUCUCCAACGGCCUCUGCUGGGACCUGCAGCGGAGCGCCUUCUACUUCGCGGACUCCUUCGAGUACACCAUCAGGAGAUACGACUACGACGUGGAGACCGGGAGCAUCGCAAACGCAAAGACCGUGUUUAAGUACAGCGACCACGGACUGGAAGGUAUCGUGGACGGCAUGACCAUAGACACGGACGGUAACCUCUGGGUGGCCAACUUUGAUGGACGACAGGUGUUAAAGAUCGAUCCUCGUGGCGGCAAACUUCUGCAGAAGAUCCCGAUACCGGCGCUCCAAGUCACGUCAGUGACAUUCGGGGGUCCGGACCUCGACCAGUUGUACGUGACCUCCGCCUCUAUGAACCGCGGCGAAGAACAACUCCCGCCCUGCGGCUCUACCUUUAGACUGGACGGACUCGGGGUCAAAGGACAUCCUAAUGUGAACGUGCGUCUCCAGUGAUGUAAAAAAAAACUACAAAUCGAAUAUCGAUAGUCAUUUUUUGUAACUAUUUUUGAGCAGACUAAAUCGAAACGAGAUAUUCAUAUUAAGUAGUGUGGUCGGGCGCUCCUCGCAUUUACUGGUGGUAGGACAUCUUGUGAGUCCGCACGGGUAGGUACCACCACCCUGCCUAUUUCUGCCGUGAAGCAGUCAUGUGGU